GUGUGUGUUGCCGUGAAUCGACCUUUGCGAACCUAACGUCGUAACCAGCAAAAAACAAAAAACAAAUGUAUAAAAAAACAGCAACAACUGGGCAGCUAAUAAUAAUUAAGCAGCGUGUUUCAGAGACAAGCCAGAGUGUGUGUGUGUGUGUGUGUAUCUCUGAGGGUGUGGUGGUGUGUGAGCAACCAACUAACUAAUUGUCAACAGUCCACAAAUUGCACUCGAGCUAUCCAAGAGAUACGAGCUGAAAUCUUAUAGAUACUACUCUACGUUUAAGUACUCCAAAAUCAAUAUAUCCAUAUGCUCCCCGAUCAUCCGAUUCUUCAUGCGGCGACGGCGAAAAAGUGCGAAAAGUGCUAACUGUGCAAUCGGUGGGGCAAACGCGAUCAGGUAGAGGAACAACAGAACACACACAAAAGUACACACACAGCAAUACACAUAUACAGUGAGUGCAAAAGAGAGAUUUCCAUGCCCAUGAAAGCUGCCUAAAGAAAGUAACUAUAUUUGAGAUUUUGGGGCAUUAUCUCUGAACAAUCCAAAGUCAUGCUAAUGACGCACACAAUGACGAAGCGCCAUCAAUUGAUCUUUGGCUGCUUCGGGAUCGCUUUGGGUCUAUGCAUUGGCUCCAUGCUGAAGAGCUAUCGUACCCUGGAGAAUGUGAAGCAUUGCAGUUUGCGGCCAACGAACCUCAAGACACCGGCGGAGAUUAUUGGAUUGCGGGAUGAGGAUACCAUACAGAAUUCGCAAAGGAAUCUAGUGUUUGUGGGCGUAAUGACCGCCAAGAGUUUCCUGGAGGGCAGGGCGAGAGCUGUGUACGAUACGUGGGGCAAGGAGGUGCCCGGACGGAUGGCAUUCUUCAGUUCCGAGGGAAGCUAUUCGGAUGAUCUGCCGGUGGUGGGAUUGCGCAAUGUGGACGAUCGAUAUCCGCCGCAAAAGAAAUCCUUCAUGAUGCUGCACUAUAUGUACGAGCACUAUAUCGAUCGAUUCGAGUGGUUCAUCCGUGCCGACGAUGAUGUCUAUAUGGAGCCGGAUAAAUUGGAGAGAUUCCUGCGCUCCAUCGAUAGCUCCAAGCCGCAGUUUAUCGGUCAGGCUGGUAAGGGUAAUACCGAGGAGUUUGGUCUGCUGUCCCUGGAAUUUGACGAGAACUUUUGCAUGGGCGGACCCGGAGUGAUACUCAGCAGUGAGACACUGCGACGGGUUGCUCCGCACAUUCCAACGUGCCUCAAGAAUCUCUACAGCACCCACGAGGAUGUGGAGGUGGGCAGGUGUGUGCAGAAGUUCGCCGGGAUACCCUGCACAUGGAACUAUGAGAUGCAGUAUAUACUGCGUCACAACUCCAGUGGCCGAAAUGCAUACACUGGUAAGCUGAAAAGGAAGGAGAUCCAUAAUGCCAUUACCCUGCAUCCCAUUAAGCAGGCGCCGCUCAUGUAUCGACUCCAUUCCUAUGUCCAGGGUCUAAAGGCGGAGGAGAUGCGUCAGGAAUCAUUGCUCCUGCAUCGGGAUAUCAAGCGAAUGGCCAAGUACCUGGAAGUUCCAGAUGAGAGCACCUACAUGCUGCCCAGUGCCUCACCCGAAAGUAACACCGGCAAGCGACUCUUUCAGGAUCACAAUAUAUUGGGCAUAAGUCCGGAACUGAAUAAAUUCGUGCCCGCCAGUACCGAUGACCUGUUGGAUUGGUCCUUCAUUGCUCGCAGCUUGUACUCGGCCAGUUCGGCGAACCCGAAGCAAAAGAUUGAUUCAGCCAUGAGGGAGGGUCUUGAGGAUGUCAUCACCGAGGUAAUGGAGAAUAUUAACAACUAUUCCCGUCAACGGGGACGUGUCAUUGAGUUUAAGGAGCUACUCUAUGGCUACCAUCGUCUGGAUGCCUUGCAUGGUCAGGAUUUGAUAUUGGAUCUGCUGCUCAUCUAUAAGAAAUAUCGUGGCAAGAAGAUGACAGUGCCAGUGCGAAGGCAUCUCUAUGUGCAGCGUGCCUUCACCGGGAUCUUUGUCAAGGAGUUUGACGAGGACUUUUACAACGUAACCCUACAGCAGUGUCUCCUGGGUAACUUGUUGAAGAAUGGCAUGGCCCGGUUGAGCAGUAUCUUUCCCAUGCCCAGCGGUUUGCUGCCACCCACGCAGGAUAAGAUUGUAUUUGUCCUGCCGAUUGCUGGCCGGUUGGGCACCUUUGAGCGUUUCCUGCGCACCUAUGAGAGGGUCUGCAUACGGGGACAGCAGCAUUGUGACCUAUUGGCUGUGAUCUUUGGCUCGUCGGACGAGCUGGGUGACCAUUUGCAACUCCUUAAUGACUUGCAUGCUCGCCAUGUUUACCAGCAGGUGAAUUGGAUUCAACGGAGCAGUACCUUCUCCCGUGGCGUGGCCCUGGAUGUGGCAGCACGAUCCUCGUAUAUACGACAAGAGGAUAUCAUUCUGUUUAUCGAUGUGGAUAUGGUGUUUGAGGUGGAGACCCUGCAGCGAGUGCGAAUGCAUACGCAACGGGGAAAGCAGGUCUAUUUGCCCAUUGUUUUCAGCCAGUAUGAUCCACAGAGGCGUGGCGGGGGAUCAGCGGAUGAGGAGACGGAGUCGGAGUCGGAGUCACCUCGAAUCGAUGAUGAGAGUGGCUAUUUCCGGCAAUUCGGGUUUGGUAUCUGUGCCAUCUACAAGUCGGAUAUUCUGGAUGAGGAUAUCAAUGGCUUCGAUAAGGACAUCACCGGCUGGGGCCUAGAGGAUGUCAAGUUUCUGGAGAAGAUUGUUCGCGUGGGGACACGACAACGGGGCUUCCUUAGCAACACCGCGGAGCUGCCCUUUGAUUAUAACGAGGCUGCCGAGCAAUGGCGCCGGUUGAGUGUAUUCCGUGCCCCAGAUCCCACGCUUGUUCACAUCUACCAUGACAUUAGCUGCGACAUCCAGUUGGAUGCACCGCAGUAUAACAUGUGUCUGGGCACCAAGGCCAAUUCCCUGGGCAGCACGCGGCUGAUGGAGCAACUGUUUCACAGCAAUCCGCAGAAUGUACAAUUUGCAGCCGAUUUCAAUCGACAGAAGCAGCAACAGCAACAGCAGCAGGCCAGUUGAUCCGAUCCCCAUAUUGAUCCCGAUACGGAUCCAUAACCAGUGAUCCCGCCAGCGUUCCUGCCACAUAGUAUUCCCAGCCAGCAUUUAAGUCACAUUCGAGUCUGUUUCGACUCUUCCUCUAGCCGAUUAUAUUCUAUGGAUAUAUAUUAUAUAGUCACAAACAAAAAAAUGGGUACUUUUCUGAUCCGAAAUACUACCCUAGACGGGCACUCUCUUAGAGUAUCCAGUGUCCUGGAUUAAAAGUCAAAAUUCUAUUUUAAAAACUGG